GCCAACACCUUCCGUCGAGACACUCGAGCUGAAUAUAACUCCUCGGUGACAGCCUACAGGGUUAACCGUCUGCGCUGAGAUGGCAUCCACCGGCGACUUCUUGAUAUAUGCCGAGCUACUGUCCAACAUCAGACAGGUCUCGGUCGUCGUGUCUUUGUCAUCGCCAGCCGACGCGUCGACCAAGGCUGAAGUGUCACAGCAUGGCCGCCAACUCCAGGUAGCCCACCAAGGGCAAAUAGAGAGCAUUUCUCUCCCGGCACAGGUGGUAGCCCCUGAGGCCCUCCCAAUACCCAGACAAGGGGUCCUGGAUUUAUCCUGGAGACUCCCUGUGGCGCCGUCUGAGGCCAAACCCCCCCACUUCUCGCUGGAGAACCAAACACUACCUUGGACGUCUGUGGACAUUGAGGCCGGUUCCCGAAUAGCCUGUCGGCAAUGCGAUGGAGAGUUUGUAUCAAAGGGCACCAUAAAGGCCUGGAAAGACUUGCCGAGCGAAAAUUGGGCUGAGAUGAUGGAAUUUUGGCAUUGCCACAAGCCACAUGACGACAAUCAGCACGACGCGGAGUCGUUGGCAAGCAAGGGAUAUGGUGCCAACAGCGCUAUCUCCGCUCAGGCAGGUGUUGGGUUUGUCGAUCUCACGUCUUUCCUCUUCUCGGAGUCGAACUGCAGCGGCUUGGCGUAUUCCUCCUCCACCGUGGAUGCCGGAUUUGACCUCAGUUCAUUGGCACUAGAUGACACUGCCCCAAGAAAGUUCCUCCAUGUCUUCUGCAAGAAAUGCAGGACAGAGGUGGGGCUCUUCAAUAUCCUGGCCUUAUCUGUGACUCUGUUCAAGUGGCAGAUUACCUGCCAAACCCUUGCACCGAGCUUAAGCCCCAGUAGCUCCGAAUGCCUAGCAGCAACUUUGAUGGCUACCAUAUCGAGAUCCGGAUCGUCCAAGUCGAUAAUUACGCCUCAUAUGUUGGGCCCGUCGUCAUCAGAGCCAGAUGUGUCUCGCAGGGACUUGUAUCUCUGGGUAUUGAACCCAAACGUCGUGUACUCAUCUUCGUCUGUCAGUGGGAGCAAGACCGCCAUGAAGAUUCUAUACAGAGGCAUUGGGGUAGAGGAGGGGAAUGGACUAAUUGAUUCCCUAAACUCGGAUGUGCAGGAGAUCAGCCUGCCUCAGCCGGCUAUUGAAGCUGCGACGGAAAAGUUGUUGUUGAGUGGUCUUCUACUACCAACACGUGAGAGGACAUUCAAGGAAUGGCAGGUUGGACUACUUGGGCGAUGGGAACCAAGUGUCUAAAAAGUAAAAUAUUACAAUAAAACCCCAAAACCUGCAAAAA